AUGUCUAAAAUCUUCAUCCUUGCAUGUCUGGCAGAGGAUGGUGGUUCUAGUGGCGACGAUAACAGCUUCCCAGUAGAGACUCCAACACCAGAUGGCAGUGAAAACGUUGACCCUAGUGACAAAAAAAUUGACUCUGGGCAUCUGGAAGUUGGUUCUGGUGAUGUGAAAGUUGGCUCCGGAGAUGGAAAUACUGGUUUGGGUGAAUUUUUAAAGGAAGAAAAACGAGGCCGAAAUCCAUGUUAUCCUGGCCAAUAUUAUCUAGGGGGCGAAUGCGCCUACACCUGCACAAGUUUUUUUGUACCGGAUAAAGAUGGCGUGUGUGUUUAG